AUGUCUACUGCCGUCGCUCCUGCGACAGCAGCUCCUUUGACAACACCGCACGCCGAUCGGGCCCCGAGUCCGAAAAACUACCCGACCUUGGCUCCCUCACCGUCCACAGCCGCUCCUGCGGCUUCAACACCACCCAAAAUGUCGUCCAGUUCCCAGGAAGGGUCGGGUGGGAAAACGACGCCAGAUGGGAAACGAACGCCUCCUUCAACGCACGGCAGCACGGCGCCCAAGAUCGUCGUCAAGAAGGAACCCCCUUCCUCCCCGAGUAUCAACUCGCAAUCCAGACACCGCCCUCGCAAACUCGAUCUCUCCGCUGCGAGCGCCCCCACCACUACCAGCGCCAGCGCCAGUGGUCUGUCAGUGCGUCCUCCUGGGGCCCCAUUGACCGCCCGGGAGAGCAUGCAGGAAGUGGGCUUGGCAUGCCUGUCUCCCGGUUUUCAGACGCAGGAUCCGGUGCGCCAGGAGCAAGUGCAGAAGAGUGUGACCGUCCGCGAACAGCAGAGGUCGAUCAUUGAGGCCAGGUUGCAGAAGACUGCCAAAGGCGACGGACCCGAUGGCUCAAAACCCUCCGAGUCCAAUCUUUUUGGUUCCUCCCGGAGUUCCAAGAAGCGACCCCCGCCCGGUCUUUCGAUUGUGCCUCCAUCCGCCUCCCAAUUCGCCAACGAGAGAGUCAUCCAUUCCGCUCCUCUCAAUCAGACCUUCACGGGCCGUCAUGAGCCGCAGCCGCUCACCCGUCAUGUCGUAAAUCAACCCGCCAACCUCGCCUCGACAUCCCAUAUCCACCAUGUGCCUGCCACUCAAACGAACAAUCGUCUUCCGCCAAUCUCCGAUGUCUUCGGCUCGGACCUAGCUUCUCGAGACCGAGAGCGCGAUGUGACCCGCAACGGUUUGUUCCCGGCUACUUCUGGUGCCAAUCCGUCCCAGUCCAGCAACCUGCCCCCCUUCUCUUCCUCACCAGGAAAUUCCUCGCAAGCGGGUCCUCAGCGGCCCCGCGAGUAUCGAUCUGCCGAGGAAGCCGUGCACGAGCUCUCCGGCGGCCGGGAGGAGCUGCUGCCCCGAAUCGUUCAUUACAGCGGUCGUCAGCAACCAACCACCCCGCCGUCACCGCGCGCCAACGGAGCGGAGGGUGCCCAGCACCAUCCCGGAGUUGCUCCGACCGCGAGCUCCCAAGCGCAGUCUCAAUCGCUUCCACAUGCUGCCCAGGGAACCUCGCGUCGCCGCACCAGGAGCGAAUAUGAACAGGACAAUGGAAGCCCGCCGCUGGGGACUGGCCCAGAUAUGCGCUACCGGAAUGGCCCCGGACCCGCCGUUCCGUCUUACGGUCCGUUUGGAGCUGGAAGAGACUCUCCCGAGACCCAAAGAAGAAAGAAGGAAGAAUUCCUAGCUUUGUGCUCUCGAGCAUGGGAUCUUUUCCACUCAUAA